CCUCCCCGACCAUGCCGCGCGCGCCCAGGUGCAGAGCGGUGCGCGCCCUGCUGCGUGGCCGCUACCGCGAGGUGCUGCCCUUGGCUACCUUCAUGCGGCGCCUGGGGCCCCAAGGCCGGCGGCUCGUGCGGCGCGGGGACCCGGCGGCCUUCCGCGCGCUGGUGGCCCAGUGCCUGGUGUGCGUGCCCUGGGACGCGCGGCCGGCCCCCGUCGGCCCGUCCUUCCGCCAGGUGUCCUGCCUCAAGGAGCUGGUGGCCAGGGUGGUGCAGAGGCUCUGCGAACGCGGCGCCAGGAACGUGCUGGCGUUCGGCUUCGCCCUGCUGGACGGGGCCCGCGGCGGGCCGCCAGUGGCCUUCACGACCAGCGUGCGCAGCUACCUGCCCAACACGGUAACCGAGACCCUGCGCGGCAGCGGCGCCUGGGGGCUGCUGCUGCGCCGUGUGGGCGACGAUGUGCUCGCCCACCUGCUGACGCGCUGCGCGCUCUACCUUCUGGUGGCCCCGAGUUGCGCCUAUCAGGUGUGCGGGCCGCCGCUCUACGACCUCUGUGCACCUGCCGCCACUCGGCCCCUCGCCUCCUCCGGCCACCGGCCUGGGACCCGGAUGGACCUCAGACCCACGCGCCAGGCCCGAAACGCGGGCGCGAGGCGGCGUCGGGGCGGCGGCGGGAGCAGCCCGCCUCUAGCCAAGAGGCCCAGGCGCGACGUGACCCCAGAGCCGGAGCCACACAGGCCCUCUUCCCGGGCCCCCCCGGGCAGGGCCCACGGGCUGAGUGGCGGCGAACCUGGCGCAGUGACAUCUGCCAGGGCCGCCGCGGAGGCCAACUCCGGGGAGGGAGGGCCCCCUGGGACUCGGCUCACCUCCGCAGGCGCACAGCUGCCUCGGCCCCAGGGCUUGCCCCUAUCACACCUAUCACACCCUGAGACCAAGCACUUCCUCUACUGCCCGGGAGGCAAGGAGCGGCUGCGCCCCUCCUUCCCGCUCAGUGCCCUGCAGCCUAGCCUGACAGGGGCCCGGACACUCCUGGAGGCCAUCUUUCUGGGCUCGAAGUCUCCGCGGCCAGGGGCUGCCCGCAGGACUCGCCGCCUGCCCGCUCGCUACUGGCGGAUGCGGCCCCUGUUCCGAGAGCUGCUUGCCAACCACGCCCGGUGCCCCUACGACGCGCUCCUCAGGACGCACUGCCCGCUUCGAGCCCCGGCCCCUGCGGAGGGGUCUAGCGACCGGGCCGGCGGGGGGGCGGGCGGCUGCGCCCUGGGGCGGCCCCCGGGAGCCCCCGGAGGCCUGCUCCAGCUUCUCCGGCAGCACAGCAGCCCCUGGCAGGUGUACGCUUUCCUGCGGGCCUGCCUGUGCAGGCUCGUGCCCGCUGGACUCUGGGGCUCCCGGCACAACCGGCGCCGCUUCUUGAGGAACGUGAAGAAGUUCGUCUCCCUGGGGAAGCACGCCAAGCUCUCGCUGCAGGAGCUGACCUGGAAGAUGCGGGUGCAGGACUGUGCCUGGCUGCGCGGGAGCCCAGGGGCCCGCUGCGUCCCAGCUGCCGAACACCGCCGCAGAGAGGAGGUCCUGGCCAAGCUCCUGUGCUGGUUGAUGGGCACCUACGUGGUUGAGCUGCUCAAGUCCUUUUUCUACGUCACGGAAACCACAUUUCAGAAGAACCGGCUCUUCUUCUACCGGAAGACCAUCUGGAGCCGGUUGCAGACCAUAGGAACCAGACAACACUUCAAUAGUGUGCAUCUCCGAGAACUGUCAGAAGCAGAGGUCAGGAGACACCGGGAAGCCAGACCCACUCUGCUGACAUCCAAACUCCGCUUCCUCCCCAAGCCCAGUGGGCUUCGGCCAAUCGUGAACAUGGACUACGUUGUGGGAGCCAGAACGUUCCGCAGAGACAAGAAGGUCCGGCAUCUCACCUCGCAAGUGAAGAACCUGUUCAGUGUGCUGAACUACGAGCGGGCCCGGCGGCCCAGCCUCCUGGGGGCCUCUGUGCUGGGCAUGGACGACAUCCACAGGGCCUGGCGUAGCUUCGUGCUGCGCGUGCGGGCUCGGGACCCAGCGCCCCAGCUGUACUUUGUCAAGGUGGACGUGACGGGGGCCUACGACGCCCUCCCUCAGGACAAGCUGGUGGAGGUGAUUGCCAACGUGAUCAGGCCUCAAGAAAACACGUACUGCGUGCGCCAGUAUGCAGUGGUCCAGAGAACCGCCCAGGGGCACGUCCGCAAGUCCUUCAAAAGACACGUGUCCACCUUCGUGGACCUCCAGCCUUACAUGAGACAGUUCGUGGAGCAUCUACAGGAGACAAGCUCCCUGAGGGAUGCCGUGGUCAUCGAGCAGAGCUCCUCUCUGAACGAGACUGGCCACAGCCUUUUCCACCUCUUCCUGCGCCUGGUGCACAACCACGUCAUCAGGAUCGGGGGCAAGUCCUACGUGCAGUGUCAGGGGAUCCCCCAGGGCUCCAUCCUGUCCACUCUGCUCUGCAGCCUGUGCUACGGGGACAUGGAGAGCAGGCUGUUUUCCGGGAUCCAGCAGGACGGGGUGCUCCUGCGUCUGGUGGACGACUUCCUGCUGGUCACGCCUCACCUGGCGCAAGCCCAAGCCUUUCUCAGGACCCUGGUCAGCGGUGUUCCUGAGUAUGGCUGCACAGCCAACUUGCAGAAGACAGCAGUGAACUUCCCCGUGGACACCGGCGCCCCCGGCAGUGCGGCCCCCCUCCAGCUGCCCGCCCACUGCCUGUUCCCCUGGUGCGGUUUGCUGCUGGACACGCGGACCCUGGAGGUGUUCUGCGACUACUCCAGUUACGCCCAGACCUCCAUUCGCUCGAGCCUGACCUUCAGCCAGGGCACCAGGCCCGGGAGGAACAUGCGUCGCAAGCUGCUUGCGGUCAUGCGGCUGAAGUGCUGCGCUGUGUUUCUGGAUCUGCAGGUAAACAGCAUCCACACGGUUUAUACAAACAUUUACAAGAUUUUCUUGCUGCAGGCCUACAGGUUCCACGCGUGCGUGCUCCAGUUUCCGUUCAACCAGCCGGUGAGGAAGAACCCCUCCUUUUUCCUCCGUGUCAUCGCGGACACCGCGUCGCGCUGCUACUCCCUCCUGAAAGCCAAGAACACAGGGCUGUCCCUAGGGGCCAAGGGCGCCUCCGGCCCGUUUCCUUCCGAGGCCGCCCGGUGGCUCUGCCUGCACGCCUUCCUGCUCAAGCUGGCUCGUCACAGCGGCACCUACAGGUGUCUUCUGGGACCGCUCCGGGCGGCCAAAGCACAGCUGCGUCGGCAGCUCCCGAGAGUCACCCUGGAUGCCCUGGAGGCAGCAGCCUCCCCGGGCCUGCCCGCAGACUUCAGGACCAUCUUGGACUGAUGGCCCGUCCUCCUGGCAGGCCGGGGUGGGCUCCACGUGGCUCCACGUCACGGGUGGGGGGGGCCAGCUGACCAUGCACCGCUGGCCAGGCCGGUGCCCGUGUCCUUGUGGAAGAGAGCCCACCCACCACCAGCUAGUGAUUGGGGUCCUGUCCCUCAGCUGCUGACCAAAGGAGGGGGCAGGUGGGAGAACCUGGCUGGGGCGUCAGGCCUUCUGAAUAGAGCACGUCUCGACCUUUGUCACGCCCCCAUCGCACCCCCUGCUGUGGGGCAGCCCCAGUCUGGAGUGCGGGCGCAGAGAUGCAUGUGGGGUGCUCGGCGGUGGAUGUGGGCUCCUUCCCUGACCUGCGUCCAGAUGCAUGUCCCAUCGAGCUUUCUUCCUCAGAAGCCAAGGGCCCAGUCAGCUGUUUGAGACCCAUCCCUGCCCCUACCUGUGACCUUGCCCUGCCCCUCCCACCAUGCGCUGGCCUCCUGGAGCCUGAGUGUCUGGCACGCCCUGUCCACGGCCACCCCCACUUCCGGACUCUUCCCUGCUGGCCCUUGCUCAGCACACGGUGGCCCCAGGUUAUCCUGGGGGUGCUCCUCUGCGUGGCCUCCUACCUCUGCACCUGCCACCUCCCCUGUGACUCCUGGGGGCCACGGGAAGAACACUCAGCCCUUGUUCUCAUAGGUUUAAAUGUUCCCAUGUUUGCAUUAAAGCACACACUGUGUGAGGUA